GCAAGCCCAAAAUAAUAAUAUAGUAUUAGUUCUAGGAAAGUUUUAGCAAGACAGUAAAACUUAAUGUCAUGGAACCGGUAGAACCAGUCGCAGUGUUUGUUUCCAGCGAAGCAUUCACAUCUCCAAACUUCCUCAAUUUUGAUGAAACCACAUUUGACGCAAAUUCUGAAGGGAGUUACGCAACCCAAACUGUGAACAACGACGGGCACGAUUUAUUUUGCUCACCGAACAUAAUUCAAGAUAAAAAUGGACCGAAUUACUCUUUUGGAUUGGAAAGUCGUUAUGGUAGCAAUGAAGAUCGAACUGAAUUAGCUACUCUUCUAUGCAGCUGGAAUUUGGGACAUCUAUACGAUUUCUUCGUGCAGCAACAAUUGUUUAUAGGCAUCCUAAAGCACGUAUCAAAAACAAUUGCUGAAAAUCUUUUUGUAAACACUGAUAUUUCCCUUGGUGGUCGAGUGGAGUUUUUUUAUCAAUGGUCGCAAUGGAUCAAAUCCUUUGAAAAGUCCACUACAUCGCCAUGUUUGGUGAACGAGCAUCUUCAGUGCGAUAAAUCUACCCAAUCAAGUGAAGGUCGGGGAAACAAUUUAGGUGUUAUUCCACAAAGUUCAACGGAUAUCAAUAGUCAAGUUCUGGUGGCUAAGACAUCAAUCAAUUUGAUUGAUAUUAUUAACUCAAAUUCAUACGGCAAAAGCAUGGUUGAAACAUAUAAAAAACAAAAGACCAUGGAUGAUAAUUUACGCAAGCUUUUAGUUGAAUCGGUUUUACAACAUUGUAUAAUGAACAACCACGAUCUUUCCGUUACUGAUUGCGCUUCUAUUUCACGUCAAAUUUGCGAAGUAUUCCCUGGCGAGUUGUCGUCAUACUAUUACCUUGAGCGAAAAAACGCAGCUCCGUUGGGCAAGUUGUACAACAAAUUCAGGAAUUGGAAAGCAAAUUUCAAUAAAAAGACAAAGACAUCAGACGGUAAUUCGAAAAAACAAAAGCAGACGUCAUUUUCAAUAGGGGAAGAUGAGGACGAACAUAUUAGAGCGUUGACACAUGACCUCCAUGCAAUGGCUUAUCAGGAAAAAAUCAGACACUGGCGCGCGUGUGCUGCAACACGUAUGAACAGCAUUCGAGAUGCAGAGAAUAAUCCAAAACAUAUAUUUGAUGUUUGGCCGCAGUACAAAUUGCCUGAUGGUUUUCGUUUGAUUGAGUCUGAUUUUGUGUUCUUUUUCGGAACCAGAAAUGAGGUUCUUGAUCACCUCACUGCUUUUUGCGAUUUGCUUGUUGAUAAAGUUUUUCCGAAUCACAUCAAGGAAUUCAAAGAUUAUGCUAAUAUGUACUACAAAAUAAAGAAAAACAAAGUCAAUCUCUCAGAAGAUUCCAUUUGCGCCAAAGCUUUUGUUCUUUUACAGUCACUGCUGCCACGCUCUCGACUAGCUCAUAAUAAGACUAAUGCAAAAAAAGGCUUUAUUCUAUCAAAGAGUCAGUAGACAGUUUUAUGGUUGUUUGCGCAACUGAAACGGAAUAUAAACAAAUGUAUGAUUGCAAAGUCCAGGCAGAAUCAUCUAUUGCCCCCUUCAUAUCAUUAAUUGGAACCCUAGAUGAGCCACAAUCAUUCAUGAUUGACUUUGACAACAUCAUUUACAAAGUUUUCAACUUCGCGAAAGCUGUGGACAUAUGUUUUAAAGCAUACCAUGUUUUUAAUAUGGCCUACGCCGAGCCAUGCGCUGCAAUGUGGGACUUCAUUAACAGACAAUUCUAUCAGUUAACUAUCAACGCCAAGCCCAAGCCAGGAAUAGAGGCACUGCUUAAUGAAAUUAAAAUCGCAAAAGAAACAAACGUAGAAGAAGAUACGAAUCUGCCGAGCACCUCUACAUUUUGUUAAAUACACUAAAAUUUACGAUAAAAAUAUAAUAAAACCCACCAUGCAAAACAUGAGAAAUAGGCAACAAUCGUCAAUGUCAACAAAUCGGCGACUCGCCGAUUUAUUGCCGUAGUGAGAAAUCGGCAACAUCAUUUCUUUUAAGUCAUUUUACGAAUAUGUUAUCAAAAAUUCCCAAACUGAUGAAUUAUG